AUGUCUUCUACUUCAUCUGAUUCACUCCCUACAUCCCCCAGGCCUUCUGUUCUGAAGAGUCCAAUGUGGAGAUCAUUGUAUGCGCUAUGCACCACCGCUGCAGCCAUCAAUAGCCACACUGUCAGCAGGCAACCAUUCACAUUCAAAUUUCCUGUAAGGGUCAACCUCGUAGGCCAGUUCAAUCACACAGGGCCAUACUCCAAUCUGCCACAUACAGGGCUCGACCUUGGUGCAUUGAAGAAGAUGUGUGCACAGUUUGAGCUCCGCCAGCUCGAGGAGCAUGAGUCCAAUGAGUUCCCACCUGAAGCCAUCAGAUGCAGUGUGGCCACAAUGGAAUCAUUCAAUGUCCUGCAUGGUGAGGCCGAAGAUGCUGGAAAUGCUUUGCUCUUGGGCAAGGCUUUCUAUCCCCAGGACAUGUCCUUCUGGCGCAAAUAUAAAGAGGGUGGGAGAAAAUGUUUGUCCACCAUCAUGACCACAGAUCCUCUAGUGGUGAACAUUCUGGAUCCCUCCCAGUCUUCUAUGCCCCAUCUGAGAUGGAGUGAUAUCGGCAAUAUGCAGGAGAGCAUUCUAUGCAGCCGGGCAGUGCCCCAGGGGGUGAAGGACAGGGAUCAAGUGCUGUUGAUGGUAAGAACAAUAGGUGACCUGCCAUGGGUACUGACUGAUGCUGGUGAUGCCUUGACCACAGAAGACAACUUGCUGUCCGAUUUGCCAAACCCAUUGGGAUGGUAUGCCGGACUCGUCACCCAGUACAACCUCCAGUGCAGCAAAGUGGAUGCCCUGAUUAUCUGUGACAUUCAUGGAGACCUGAUCCACCCGCAAGAAUACAGGAUGAAGCUUGUGACUGGUGACAUUGGGAUGGUGGAAUGUCAGCUUAAAUUGGAUGGAAAUCCAGAAGAAAGAAAUGGAAUGAGGAGAUACCAGGUCAUGCUGAAGGAAAUGAAGGUCCUGCCUGAUGCCUCCAUCACUGCUAAGAUGUUCAACGACUACAUGGGAGAUGCAAAGGGUAAGCACAAGGCGACCAAUGACCUUGAUGAGGAACAGGCACAUAAGAAAUCCCAGACCGACAAGUUCUCCAACAACUUGGACUUUGUGGAGGACAACAAGGUGGAGAUUGAAGGACAUGAGAUGCUGGUGACAGAAGAUUAG